AUGGCCGAACCUAUUCGCAAACCACGCGAUUUUGCUGCGCCCACACCACAGAACACGCCUGCGAGUGCUUCUUCUGUGAAGCCGCCGCCCCGCCCGUCGCAGCCCAUGGCGUCGAUUUCCGAGGACAACGCGCUGGGGGCCCUGGCCAACAACCCAGCCUUGCUGUCGAUGAUUCAGGGCCGCUUGGGCACCCUGGUCGGCCGCUCGAGUGGCUACAUUGAGUCGCUUCCUUCGUAUGUGCGUGACCGGCUGGCCGGUCUCAAGGGUCUGCGCUUGAAGAACGCCGAGAUUGAGGCUGAUUUCCAGCGGGAACUCUUGGAGCUCGAGAAGAAGUAUUUCAAACUCCAGGAACCCUUGUAUGCCCGUCGUGCCAAUAUCAUUAAUGGCGAGGAAGACCCUUCGGCUGACGAAAUUGAGGCCGGCAAGGCUGCCUUUGAAGAGGAGGAGGAGCUGUUCGGUGAGGGCUCCGACGAAGAGAGCGAGGACGAAGAGGAGAGCCCAGAGGCCGACGAAGCCAAGUCGGCAAAGAGAUCUGGGUCCGCUGAAACGGCCGACGACGCCUGUGAUGACGACGACGAGGAGACUAUGGUUGGCGUGCCCAACUUCUGGCUCACUGCUUUCAGAAACGUCCCCGGUCUUGCCGACACCUUGUCCGACCGCGACGACGAGGUCUUGCGGUACCUCACUGAUGUUCGCCUCAAGUACUUGGACAAGCCGGGCUUUGCUCUUGAGUUCUACUUUGCCGACAACGAGUUCUUCACCAACAAGAUGUUGACAAAGACCUACUACUACCAGGACGAGGUCGGAAUCACCGGCGACUUUGUUUACGACCAUGCCGAGGGUGACGAGAUCAACUGGACAAGCCCUGAGGUGAACGUGACCAUCAAAGUCGAGAAGCGCAAGCAGCGCAACAAGCACACCAAGGCCACCCGCACCAUCGAGAAGACCAUCCCCGUGCAGUCCUUCUUUGAGUUCUUUAACCCGCCCCAGCCCCCCAGCCUUGAAGAGGAAGAGUCCGGAGAAUACAGCGACUUUUUGCAGGAGCAGCUUGAGAGCGAUUUUGACCUGGGUGAGCUCAUCAAGGAGAAAAUCAUCCCCCGCGCUAUCGAUUGGUUCACUGGCAAGGCUCUAGACUACGAGGGCCUCCGUGGUGGCGACGAUGCCGAGGAGUUCGAUGAGGAUGAAGAGUUCGACGAGGACGAGCACGAAGACGACACCACUGACGGUACAGGAGGUGCGGAAAAACCCGCCGAGUGCAAGCAGCAGUAA